GGAACAUCUGCUACUAGAGCAGCAGCAGCCAGGGGGCGGAGCUUCUCGGGUGAAUUUUUCACCAAAGUUGAAAUAUUUCAGCUCUCGCGAAAAAUUGGCGCCGCCCGGCAAACAUGUGAGUGUUUGCAUUGACUUUGCAUGAGAUCUACAACACCUUUGGUGUCUGAGAGGUGAAGACUAAGUACACCUGUGUGCCCUGCAGAUGUCGGGUUAAACAGUUUGUCUGAUCCAUGUUUCUUGAAGGAGCCGAUGCUGACUGAGGUACCGGUCUACCUGCUCUGGGUUGGUUUAGUGUGUGAGAAGAGGACUGGAUCUGAGGAACCGGUCUACCUGCUCUGGGUUGGUUUAGUGUGUGAGAAGAGGACUGGAUCUGAGGUACCGGUCUACCUGCUCUGGGUUGGUUUAGUGUGUGAGAAGAGGACUGGAUCUGAGGAACCGGUCUACCUGCUCUGGGUUGGUUUAGUGUGUGAGAAGAGGACUGGAUCUGAGGAACCGGUCUACCUGCUCUGGGUUGGUUUAGUGUGUGAGAAGAGGACUGGAUCUGAGGUACCGGUCUACCUGCUCUGGGUUGGUUUAGUGUGUGAGAAGAGGACUGGAUCUGAGGAACCGGUCUACCUGCUCUGGGUUGGUUUAGUGUGUGAGAAGAGGACUGGAUCUGAGGAACCGGUCUACCUGCUCUGGGUUGGUUUAGUGUGUGAGAAGAGGACUGGAUCUGAGGAACCGGUCUACCUGCUCUGGGUUGGUUUAGUGUGUGAGAAGAGGACUGGAUCUGAGGAACCGGUCUACCUGCUCUGGGUUGGUUUAGUGUGUGAGAAGAGGACUGGAUCUGAGGUACCGGUCUACCUGCUCUGGGUUGGUUUAGUGUGUGAGAAGAGGACUGGAUCUGAGGUACCGGUCUACCUGCUCUGGGUUGGUUUAGUGUGUGAGAAGAGGACUGGAUCUGAGGUACCGGUCUACCUGCUCUGGGUUGGUUUAGUGUGUGAGAAGAGGACUGGAUCUGAGGUACCGGUCUACCUGCUCUGGGUUGGUUUAGUGUGUGAGAAGAGGACUGGAUCUGAGGUACCGGUCUACCUGCUCUGGGUUGGUUUAGUGUGUGAGAAGAGGACUGGAUCUGAGGAACCGGUCUACCUGCUCUGGGUUGGUUUAGUGUGUGAGAAGAGGACUGGAUCUGAGGUACCGGUCUACCUGCUCUGGGCCUCAAGUGUACUUGUUGGAUCACAUGUGCACUCAGGAGACUAAAGAGGAUGUUUUCUUUUAUUUCUCCCUUCACAGCUGCAGUUCAUUACAUAACAUCUCUUCUCAUCUGCAUCUAUUUCAUUAUCCUCACCAUGCAGGUGCUGAAAGGUGCUGCAGCUCACUCUUGUACACUGUGUGUGUGUGUGUGUGUGUGUGUCUUUUACUUAACUAAAGUCACGGUUUAGUUUUUCCCUCUCGUAAAAACACACAAUUAAAGUGAUAUGGAAAUAAAAGAUUGUAUUAUGGAUUAAAACAAAUGUUGUACUAAUUUUAAUGAUCGUGAAUCUAUUGAGAUGGAGCCUUGAGUACAGAUGGAAAAACAACUAUGUCUUUUAUUGCCUCAAGCAUGUCAUUACAUUGUUACGGGUGCAGAUCGUCAUGGUAACGUGAGAAGCAACAACUCCUGCAAGGCGCACAACGCGUGGAAUGGUGUUGUUUUGGUCAGGCGUGGAAGAGGCAAGGGUGGGGGCUGAUGUCGUCCCCUCACCUGCAAUGCAGUGCUGGGCUGCAUCAGCCAAUCAUGAGCCAGCUGUCAGGGAAGGGGGCCGGCCCAACGGCUGACAGCCAAGGAGAGUUCUCGGUCAGACAUGGAGAGGGAGAGAGUGAGAGAGUGUGAGGCGAAGUGAGCGAGGUCUCAGUGCUCAGCCUGCAGCAGAGCCCCCUCAUUUCUCCUCUUCCUCUUCUUCCUCUCCUCUGCAACAGUCUUCCCACCCGCUGCCUCCUCCUCUCUAAUCUCUGCUCUUCAGUUGUCAGCGCUGAUUACGCUCUCCUCCUCCUCCUCCUCCACUUUUCACCUCCCAUCCUCUCCUUUACCUUCUUUUGGUCCGGCGGAUGGAGUGAGAGGGUUUUCUUUUACAUCACUCUUGUCCUGCUCCUUUUAUCACGUCCCAUGGGCAUCCGUGCAUCUGCCAGGUAAGAGGUGUGUGUGUUGCAGGUUGUCCUGACGGCUCAGGUGUUCAGAGUGUUGCAGAAGUCCUGCAUGUUGUCUGGCCUCCAGAGGGCAUUGAACGGUCGUGUUCCGCAGUGAGAGGUUCUUGUUGUCUUCUGUCAAUAAACCAGAGAACGCUCAUGUUUAUUUCGUUGUCGUGCAUAUUGGCUCAAUAUUUGUCCUUUUUUAUCUGGUAGACUUCCCUAACCUCCACCUCUUUUUGCUCUCUGCUUACUAUAAAUAGUCUUCACUCUGCAGCUAUAUUUAGUUAUUCUCGUUGUCCCGGGAUCAAAGGUCAACUUGUCAGUUUUUAAUCCUUCGUAUCUUUAAGAGAUUUUAGCCGACAAAAAUGUGACUUUGUGAUCGUCGUAUUGAGAACCAUCAACAAGUUAAAAAGUUUAGGAAAACACUUCAGAUUUGAGUCUUUUUGUUCCUCAAUAUUUUAGUCCAGUGUGGACAUGAUCUAUAUGAAGAGGGUCAAAUACUUUGACAUGAGACCUGCAGAGGCCCAAUAACAAGAAAUGAUUGUAUAAACGCUUUACUGACGUCCAGUUUAAGACCAUUUGAGUAUUUUAGUGUUGAGUCGUCUUGUCUGCAGCUCUCGUAAUGAGAGGCGGCGUGUUUGUGAUGCGUUGGCACACAUUAAGACUUCUUCUCACCUUCCCCUCACUGUGGGCUGAUCACACUGAGGCCAGAGAGAAACCGGCCACGCAUUGUCUUUAAGUAGAAUAUUAACAUUCUCUUUAAGUAUAAUAACAUUGUCUUUAAGUAGAAUAUUAAUGGAUGAUGACACGUGUGCUCCCAGUCCAGUGGUACCUCUUCCUUUGAGAGGGCUCAUCCUGUUCCUGAGGAACGUUCUGAUGACUGUGAACAUGCAGAGAUCCAGAGCGGUGCUGACCAGACGAACCCAGAACUCUGCAUGCCGAUGACGUAACAGAACCUUCUGUCCAGGAGCACGUGUGAAGUGGUUUCUUCAGAGCCAGCUGCUCCGAGCUGAAGAGAUGAUGUGACGGUCUUUAAUUAGCUCCACAUCCUCCUCAGUGUUUACAAAGUGGACCACUGCUGUGUUUAUAUGCAACACACCAGUGUAAUGUUGUCAUCAUAAGGACUUGUGAUCUUCUUUCGUGGAUAUCCUGAGUUCUCUUUGCUCAGAAGUGUUUGCUUAUUCUUUGAUCUUUCCUGAGCUUUCUUUAGAUUGGCUGACGGGGUUCUUUGGCUGUCACUGAUUGGUUGACGGGUGUCAUUGAUGCUAGUAAUUGGUGAUAUUGUUACUGUGGUUUGGAUUCAGUGAGAGACUUUCAGCACCACGGACAGCUCCAAGAAGAUGUUCAGUUAAGAUGAUGAUGAUGAUGAUGAUAAUUGGACUGCGUGCUUUAAUAACCCGGUAGCUGGUGUGGGGAUCCCAGUUCAUAGUAGUAAUAAUAAUCUGCUGGCAUGCAGGAGCCUCUUGAGGUCAUUGUUAUGGUCUCUGUUACCCUCCAAUAUGAAUAAGUAAAUAAUGCAUUCCACUUUGUUCUGAUUCAUCAACGCGCUCGUUUAAACACGUCCGUUAUUAACGGGACGAUGAACGUCAUAUUUAUUAUGUAUCCAUUCUGUUAAUUAAUUCAAAUUGCAUCUUUCAGUCUUUCUACCAGACUCAUCAUUGAGAGGAUAUAAAGACUGACACGUCCUGUUAUUUAAAUAGUCUCAAGGCUUUCUGCAGUUAUGUUAUCAGGUGCAUGUGUAUAUAGUUAAUAUAUAUCACUCUCUCUGGUAUCAGUCAGUUUGUUUUCUCCAGCAACAUUUCCUCUUUCCUCUCAGUGUCGUAUGAGUUCUGUUUGUUCUCUGAGGGAUUCGGUCGUCUCUCUCGCUCUUCCUCCCCCGUCGGUCUGUUUGAGUCCUCCUCUCCAUCACCGCCCUCCCCCGUCUUCC